AUGGGUUACGUUGUGCACUUCUGCCGACAAACGUUUGUUACAUAUUUUGUUUCCGCUUUAGCUAUGCGAAAACAUUCAUUCAAAUGGGCGAAUUAUGCAUUGAUUGCCCAAGUUAUUUUAGUAUGUUUUGCUAUUAUAAUUGUUGGGAUUGAUGGAGACUUCAUUCGAAACUCUGCCUACGUUGGUUUAUCAAGUGUAACAGCUUACACAAAAUAUCAAAUUUUACAAGCUCAAAUUGCAUUUGCUGUCAUUAUGAUGUUUCUUGGACUUGUUUAUAUUGCUAUCUAUCUCUAUGGAACACGUAGAUCGAAAAUGGCUUCUGGCAAGGCUUGA